AUGGCUAAACAAAGAAAUAUGGAUGAUCCAACAGGUGCUUAUUACGAAACAUUACAGAAUUCGACAUUUAAAAAUGUAUAUACUUUAAACUCUGCAACGUGUCGGGUUUGUCUUAGAAAGGGUGUCGUACCAAUAUACGGAGUUGAAAAUAGUAUAACUAUUGAAGAAGCCAUAAAAUCAUUUGGGAACAUUGAUAUACAUAAAGAUGAUGAAUAUCCAAAAUAUUUGUGUAAUUGGUGUUUACAAUUCUUAAAUAAGGCCAUUUCAUUUAGAAAUUUAGCAAGGAAGACAAACGAAUUUUUAAGAGAUAGAAUUAAAAGCGAACCAUAUCAAAAUGACUUUCUUCCUAACCAAAUUAUUAGACGAACAGAAGUAGAUACUAGUGAUAGUAAAACAAAAGUACAUUCCACAAACCCUGACUUAAAAAGAAACAAAGAUAUCCAAUGCGGUACUUGUAAAAAAAUUAUACGAAAAUCAUAUUACAAAAUACACAAAACAAUGCAUGAUCCUGAACAUCACAAAUAUGUCUGCGAUAUUUGUGGUAAAACUUUUAGAUUGAGAGUAGGAUACCACAACCAUAGAUUACGUCAUAGAACAGAUUUUCCAUACAAAUGUAAUUUAUGUCCUUAUAAAGGAAGAUAUGCUGAGAGGCUCAAAAGUCACAUGAGAACGCACAGCGGUGAAUACAGAUAUAUGUGUACAGAAUGUCCGGCUAGAUUUUUGUUCAAAGGAAACUUUAAUAGUCAUGUUCUACUAAAACAUAGAAAUCCCGAAUAUAAAUGUAGUUCUUGUGGAAGAGCUUUUCACACACAACUGAUUCUACAAAGGCAUAACGAUGUUGAACAUUUGGGGAUCAGAAGUAAUGUGUGUAAUAUUUGUGGGAGGGCCUUCGGAUAUAGAAAUGCUAUGAUGAAACAUCAGAGACGAGUCCAUAAGAGGGAAAAAUUACGAUUUUCCUUCAGGCCUUCCGAAGUUUGA